AUAGGCGCUCUCUUGCCGUCGGGGGAGCGCGGCGAUUGGCCGGACCCGGACGCCAAUCCUCGCGCGGGGAGAAGCCGUUUCCCGUGUUGACGGUGCGGGUGGAGGCGGCGGCGACGACCGAGGCGGUUGCGGGUAGCAGGAUCGGGCCCUCCGCGUCCCCGCGGAGCGGCGGGCUCCACGAUGAGAAUGAUUGAGAGCGUGGACUCUGCGGUGGCCAGGCCCAGCGAAGACCUCUGGGCCGAAAUCUGUGCGUGCCUGCCGCGUCCCGAGCAGAAGGACGCUGGCGACGCUUUCACUGACUCCUUCACGGAUGCCUGCGCCGGCGGAGGAGGCCAGGGCGGUGGGCCAGAUGGCUCUUCCCAAGCAAACCCCAAGCCCUGGGCACCCCUCAAUGAUUCAGAGGUGUAUUUAGCAUCCCUAGAGAGAAGACUGAUGAGAAUUAAAGGCUUGUCUCAAGAGGUGACCUCCAAGGACAUGCUGCGCACCCUCUCCCAGGCUAAGAAGGAAUGCUGGGACAGGUUCCUGCAGGAGAAGUUUGAGUCUGAGUUUUACAUGGAGGGACAUGACUCUGAUGAGAGCACGCUGGAGCACCUAAAGCGAUGGCUGCAACCUGACAAAGUGGCGAUCAGUACCGAGGAGGUGCAGUACCUCAUCCCUCCGGAGCCUCAGCCGGAGAAGCAGGAGGCUGAGGAAGAACCUCCAGCUGCAGAGCAGUGAGACGCAGGCCAGCCGUGCCGCAGAGCUGCCUCUUGUCCCAGCCCUGAGGAAGCUGUAUCCAGCGGUAGAAUUAAUGGGGAGGGAAGGGAGGGCAAAAGUGCCCGUUUUCAGUCACUUAAAAACCCAAACCACCCCAACACACAAAAACCCCAGCUCUGGACCUCCAGAGGCAGCCACUGGCACUAGUUACGGACAGGAGCGGAGCGCCCGUGACGCAGCGUAUGCUGAACUGAGAUCUUUGAUCUUCUCCCAGCCUGUAGCAACCUGAUCCUUCUGGUCGGAACGGGAAUAGUUUGUAAUUCAUCAGGAGACAUAUUGAACAAACAAACAAAAGCGGUUGUUCAGACGCAUCAGAAAAUAUAGUGGUCUAGAAUAGAACAGAUGAAACCACUGAAUCAGUUUUUCUUCCCGUUUUGACCCUUUUUAAUUACUCGGGUGGGUUUUUUUCUUUCCUGCAAAGCCCGCUGUGGUGUUUCCUGCGCACCGUCACUGUUUGAGCCGGGGCUGGCCCUGAGCCGUGCCUGGAAGAAGACAUAUUUUUCACCUUAAUGAAUUUGGGACCCUGAGGGAAGCUAUCGUUGCAAUCAUUAAAUUGAUGGCAUCACUGACACCGUAACUAUGUAACGUUCCUCCGUAUGUAACGCACCCUCCUACAACAGCCCGCUUUCUUGGCCACACUCCACUAUAGCACAGACUGGAGGGGAAGCGCUGUUUUUUCUCUGGUUGAUCAUUUUGUACCUGUUUUUUGUCUCCUUCAGCCUCUCCAAAAGAGGGUCAAGUGAGAUUCUGUAUCGGGAAGCCAAGAGCGACAGCCAGGGAGGCCACAAAUACCUUGUUCUCAUCACAGACUUGCAUAGAAUUAUCCGAUUUAAGUGUGUUCUAGUAUAUAAUUGUUUUUCAUCCUGUUUAACUCGGCAGAGGGUUGUUUCCCAUGACUGAUCAAAGACUCUGUAACCGUGUGCUUGUAUAAGACCGACGCUUCUCUGCCCGGCGCUUUCUGCCUCGGCGCUGACGCUAAGGGUCGAUAGAGGGAAGCAGCGUACAUCUUCUGUCAGCUACCGCUACUCAGGGCAGAAACUGUAGGGGUGGUUCUAGUAGUUCCUGCGCGCUGGAUUCGUACCGCGUUCGUUAUGUACCUGUAGGAAAAUACAUUUUUAAAAGCA